GACACGGCGGACUACGUCUGGAUGCUCUGCCUCGGGUCCGCGCUCAUGUGCGGCCUCUGCACGCUCCUCUCCAUCGUCAUGCCCGCGCAGGGCCUCACGUUCAUGGUGCUCUACGUCUGGAGCCGGCGGAACCCGGCGACGCAGGUGUCGCUCUACGGCUUCCCCGUGCAGGCGCUCUACCUGCCCUGGGCGCUCCUCGCCUUCAACAUGCUCAUCGGCAACCCGCUCACCGUGCCGCUCAUGGGCGUCGCCUGCGGCCACGCCUACUACUUCGCCAUCGAGGUCGUGCCG